CACACUCACACUCUUCUCAUUCCUCUGCAAUCGCACUCUCAUCUCUCUAUUCCUCGCCACUCGCCUCAAACACCCCAACAACACCACACAUCAUUACAAUGGCGUCCAAAACCGGAGAGCAACUGUCUGAAAAGACGCUCGAACUCCUCAAGAUGGAGGAGGACUACGCUGUCGGCGCUUUCGGCUCUCUCCCCGGCUUUAUGGUAUCCGGCAAGGGCUCGACUCUUGUGGAUGUCGACGGCAGGGAGUUGAUUGACUUUAUUUGCAUGUUUAGCGCAACCAACCUGGGCCACUGCCACCCCAAGCUUGUCAAGGCCGUCACCGAGUCUGUGCAAACUAUCACCCUUGCCAACAUGUCUACUCACUCGGUCCAGUGGCCCUUGGUUGCCAAAGAGCUCUGCACCCGACUUGGCUUUGACAAGAUCACCCCCAUGUGCACUGGAGCUGAGGCAGCCGAUACUGCUUGCAAGAUUGCCCGCAAAUGGGGCAUCACCCACAAGGGCAUCUCUCCCGAAGAUGUUCUGGUUCUUGGAACUUCAGAGAACUACCACGGUCUUACUGCCGGUGUCUGGCCCAUCAUGGAGCCCCUCGACCAGCAUGAGUAUGGUGUGUUUAGCAAGAACAUCACCAACGUCCACCCCGGUACCGGAAAGGUCCUUCGAUACCUGCAUUCUGAGGACUUUGAGGCCGUUCUGAGUGAAUACCAUGGCCGUGUGGCCGCUGUUAUUAUGGAGUGCUUCCACGGUCUCACAGAGACCUUCGAGGAGGAGCUCAAGUUUGCCACUGAAGUUCGACAGAUCUGCAAGAAAUACAACGUCCUCUUCAUUUCCGACGAGGUCCGCCAGGGUGCUGGCAAGACUGGCAAGUUCCUCAGCUCCGAGUGGAUGGGCCCUGAGAACAAGCCCGACAUGGUUACCAUGGGCAAGUCCAUCAGCGGAGGAGCGUACCCGGCUUCUUUCGUUCUCGGAAGCAACGAGGUCAUGACCCUCGUCAAGCCCUACCAAUCAGCUAGCACCUUCGCCAUGGCUCCUCAGGCCAAUGCUGCGGUUCUGGCCACUCUGGAGAUCAUGGAUGAGGAGAAGUUGAUCGAGCGUGCUCUGACUAUCCAGACUAAGUGGAAGGAAGAGACAUCGACCUGGAAGAUCCCCUUUGUCCACUUCUACACAUCCCGAGGUGGAGACAUGAACAUCAUCCUCGACGAGUCUUUUAAGGGUGUUACUGCUCGCCGAAUCGCCAGACUUGCUUACCAGAAGGGUGCUUUGAUGUACUCUCAACCCGGCCGUGUUCGCCUUGGAGUUGCUCUGACCAUUACCGACGAGGAGCUGGAGAAGGGUAUGGCCAUCCUCAAGGAGACAUUGGAGGAGGUGCAGGAGUUUGGUGGUAUCCCCGGUUCCAACCACAAGGCGGAAAUGUAAUACAACUAAGAUAGUCUACCUGUACAAUAAGUUUGAGCCGAAUAUAUUUCUUCUUCUA